AUGGUUAAGAUGUUAAGGAUGAUUGCGCUAUCAAUGAGAAGCCUUGGUCCUCAUGCAAUGUUUUAUCUUGCUGCUGCUUUCUCCGACAUUUAUGUUUCAUGGAAAAGCUUGGCAGAGCACAAGAUUCAGUCAUCAUCUGGCCCUCUGGACAUGCGACUUAUGCAAGUGCCGAAGAUGCUCUCAGUGCUAAGGACGGGAUGGAAUCCCAUGGCUUUCUGUAUAUUAUUCAAGCUUUAUAGGGCUUCAAAGAUUCUCCUAGAGAAGGCCAGUGUGCUGGCUCUCAACAAGUAUCAAAUGCAUUCAGUUGUAGCCAAUGAGCUGUUUCAAAGCCUGUAUUGUUUUCCUUCCUUCACUGUUACAAAGUCUGUAACAAAUUGUUCCAACAUUCGGCAAGUACUCAAACUAAAAGGCUUGCCGAUACUCAAGGAACUGAUAAACUGA